GAAGAAAGACUCUUUCGUCCGCCGGUUCCGUCAAGCAACCCGAUUCACGAACGGACCAAGCAACCGGAUUCCGAUUCCCUCCGGCUUUCCUCCGAUCGCCGCCGUCGCGUCCGGCGCCGCUCCUGCGAUCUCGGAAUCUCUCCAUGCGCGGCUCGCCGGAAGCGUCCGCGAUCGAGCCAUGUACAGCAACUUCAAGGAGCAGGCGAUCGAGUACGCGAGGCAGGCGGUCCAGGAGGACAACGCCGGGAACUACGCCAAGGCGUUCGCGCUCUACAUGAACGCGCUGGAGUACUUCAAGACGCACCUGAAGUACGAGAAGAACCCCAAGAUCCGCGAGGCCAUCACCCAGAAGUUCACCGAGUACCUCCGCCGCGCCGAGGAGAUCCGCGCCGUCCUCGAAGGCGGCGGCGGCGGCGGGGGCUCCGGCUCCUCCUCCGGCGGGGACCCCGCGGCGGCUUCUCGGCCCAAUGCGAGGCCCAAGGACGGCGGCGAGGGCGGGGACGACGCGGAGAAGGAGAAGCUCCGAGCUGGUCUGAACUCCGCGAUCGUGAGGGAGAAGCCGAAUGUGAAGUGGGGCGACGUCGCGGGGCUCGAGGGCGCCAAGCAGGCGCUUCAGGAAGCUGUCAUUUUGCCUGUCAAAUUCCCCCAGUUCUUCACCGGGAAGAGGCGGCCAUGGAGGGCAUUUCUUUUGUAUGGUCCACCAGGAACAGGGAAGUCAUAUUUGGCAAAAGCUGUGGCAACAGAAGCAGACUCUACCUUUUUUAGUGUUUCUUCUUCAGAUCUGGUAUCAAAGUGGAUGGGUGAAAGUGAGAAGUUAGUUUCCAAUCUUUUUCAGAUGGCUCGUGAGAGUGCUCCUUCAAUUAUCUUCAUUGAUGAAAUAGACUCUCUAAGUGGCCAACGUGGAGAAGGAAAUGAGAGUGAAGCUUCUAGACGUAUUAAAACAGAAAUUCUUGUCCAAAUGCAGGGUGUUGGAAACAAUGAUGAUAAAGUUCUUGUCCUUGCAGCAACAAAUACUCCUUAUUCUCUUGAUCAGGCAAUCCGCCGGCGCUUUGACAAGCGUAUAUAUAUUCCCCUACCAGAUCUUAAGGCUCGGCAACACAUGUUUAAGGUGCACUUAGGAGAUACUCCUCACAAUUUAGCAGAAAGUGAUUUUGAGAGCUUGGCUUCGAGGACGGGGGGAUUUUCUGGUUCAGAUAUAUCUGUUUGUGUCAAGGAUGUCCUCUUUGAGCCUGUUCGGAAAACUCAGGAUGCCAUGUUUUUCAUGAAGACUUCUAAUAGUAUGUGGAUGCCAUGUGGACCAAAGCAACAAGGUGCUGUUCAAAUCACCAUGCAGGACCUGGCGGCCGAUGGGCAAGCUGCUAAGAUCAUUCCACCACCGAUCUCAGAACAGAUUUCGAUAAGGUGCUUGCGAGACAGAGACCAACUGUGAGCAAAGCUGACCUUGAGGUUCAUGAGAGAUUCACAAAGGAGUUUGGGGAAGAAGGUUGAUUGGGUUUUGAUUGAUUUUAUACCGAAAACAAGGUUGAUCACCUGGAUUUGUAUGUAAUUGAUACCCGUCAAUCCCCGUUUCAUUCCAUUUCGUUUUUGCUUCUGCAAUCAGGCCGAUGAUUUGCUCUUCCCAUUUUCUGUAUUCACAACUGCUAAGUUUACUUUUUGCAAAUUGCUUUUAUUAACUUGCAGAAAGAAGUAAUUUGAAAAGGUUGUUUCGGAAAUA